ACUCCUGUAACAACCAGCCCCAGUCUCCCCUAUUAUUCUUAAUUAUAAAUGUAUAAUUUUUGAAAUUUUUGUUAUUUAUAUUUAGUUAUAUGUAAACAUGAAACUAAAUAAAUGGCGCCCGCGUAGCGCGCGUGUGUUCUAGUACAUUUGUAAACAAUUAAUGUAAUUUGUCACAAAUGUUUUGUGACUCCGCUAUUGAUUCACAUCGUCGGUGUCGUUUUAAGCCGGUAUUCAUAUUAUAUUCUUGACCGUCUUAAGUAUUAUUAAGAUUUCAUUAACCAAUCAGAGAAUCGUGUUAGUAUAUCUUAAGACAUUACUUAAUACAGUUUUAUCGAAUACCGGUUUUAAUUUACAAAUUCUUUAAACUAAUUACAUAUUAUGUCGCUAUAAUUUAAAAAGUAAUAAUUUCUGCGAUAUUAAAUUAAAAACUUCGUUUAACUUGAAUCUUGAUUCUUAAUAAUUGUUCCUUUAAAUGGCCUGUACUUCUUUUUUAAAAGAACGUUUUUAAACAUUUAAUGACCGAAGAAAUUAAAACUUUUUAAAUUAUGGCAACAUAAUGUAAUCAUUUUGAAGUACUUUUAAAUUGUAAUGAGAUACUGAAGAUGAUUCAAUAGUGGGAUUAAAACGUUUAUAACAUUUUACAUUAAUUGUUUAUAAAUGUAUACAUUAGCAUAUCGCAUAAGUAUCUAACUCAUAUCUUUCCUAGUUUAUUUAUUUUCAAAAUUGAAAUAUUAAUUUUUAUAUAUUAGGAAAUAACUGAGAGUUUACUCCAGAAAAGUAUAUCAUAAUGAAUAAUUCUUAUCUGAUAUUGUUAAUAAUACGAAAGCGAUAGCAAAAGUGGAAGAAGAUAAAGCAAACACUUCAACAACAAAGAGUUAGGCAAUGUUACAUAUAGCGAUUGUUUGCAAUAUGGAAACUAAUGGUAUCUCAAGAGAAAGAAGCUCGUCAUAGAAUAUAAGUAUGCCCAAUAUUCUCAGAAAGACAAAGAUUGUUACAGGGUGACAGUGACAAUCUGGUUAAUGAAAUGGAAAUUGUAGAUCAUGAAAUGUUCUACAAUUAUUGUAGAAUGUCUACAGAGAUGUUCAAUCAGUUAUUAGAUAUUGUUGGGCCACGCAUUGCAAAACAGAAUGUCAUUCGAGAGCCAAUACCAGCCCGUACCCGGCUUUUAGUAUGUCUGCGUUAUUUAGCCUCUGGAGUAUGAGUUCAAUAGCUUUUUCUUUUCGAAUUAUAAUAAACACUGUCUCAAAGAUUAUUUCAGAGAUAUGUGAGGAAUUGUGGAACACUCUUCACGAAUCAAUUUUUCCUAAAAUAAACGAAAAGAUUUGGUUAAAAAUUGCGAAUGAUUUUGCGAUAAAGUGGAAUUUUCCACAUUGCGUAGUGGCGAUAGAUGGAAAACAAGUACAAAUUCAGUCACCUCCUCAUAAUGGUUCAACUUUUUAUAACUACAAGGGCAAUCAUAGUAUUAAUUUAUUAGCAGUUUGUGAUGCCAAUUAUUGUUUUACAUUAGUUGACAUUGGUGCGGACGGCAGACAGAGCGACAGUGGAAUUUUUGCACAUUAAAAUUUUCGUCAACGAUUCGAAAGAAACUAAAUGAAUUUACCACAACUAAGAUCAAUUGAAGUUUCUGGGGCUGAAUUACCGUUUGUGUUAGUAGCCGAUUAGGCAUUCGCUUUGACUUAUUACAUGAUGCGACCAUAUCCACGAAGCGGACAUUUAAAUCGUCGAAGAAAGGUAUUUAACAAGGAUGGGAAGUAAGUGAGUUACAAUAAAUAGCGCCGUUAUCGUUACUUCUUAAUAAUACUUUUUUUUAAUUUGGUUACAAUUUUUUAUAAUAAUAAUGGUCAUAAGAUCAGAUUUGGAAUAGUCACUUUUGACAAUCAACUCGUUGCCGUUAUGCGUUUUUUAUAUACUAUGUUUACGCGAUUUAAUUUACGUCGAAGUUACAACAUCGUUAUUAUCGCUGCUAGCCAAUCAUAAGUCAUUCCUCUGACGAAUGGAGAAACUGUGAGUGGCUAGUUUUAUAAUACCGAUGUUAUAACUUUGGCGUAAAUAGGGUCGUGUAAACGUAAUUAUUGAUAUAACGCGAAAGCACCCGUAACACGGUCAAAGACGGCACUUAGAUGGCACUCUACCUCUGGGAAAUCUAACCCAGGCGGCGCUGACGCGAGCGAGGAAGCAGCGCGAGAAGACCUCGCCUAACUUAACACUACCAGUGUGUGAACCACCAAAGAACAUUCCGUCUUUCAUUUUGUACACGCUCUCAGUAUUUGCCUAAAUACAUUUUGCUCAAUUUAAAGUCAGUGGUUAAACAUUGUUGUCCUCUUCGAUCUCAAUAAUAGUAACUUCGAUAGAACUCACCUUACUGGACUGGCGUUGCGUCGACUACUCGACAGCAACCGACCACGUCACAAUUGGCGCCUAACUAACAGAUCAGGUUAACGACGAAGCCGACACAUCUAACCAAGACGUCUUCUCCACGCAAGCCGUUACGACCGACAACACGGUCACAAACGCGAUCGCAAUCGCUGAUACCGCGCAGGUUAGAAACGAGCAGGAAAAUCGAGCAAUAAAGAGGCAAGAAAAAAAAACAGCAAACCAACAUGGCGGAAGGUACAGGUACGCAACAGAACGCUAUCACACUGACGAACGAACAGUUCGCCCUUCUUCUACAACAGAUACAAAUAUCCGCUACGAACGUCUCCGCCGCAAACAUCGCGUUACCGCACGGUAAUUUCUCGCGAUGUACUUCGCGUUUCGACGGAAAAAAGACGUCCGACGUAGAAGCUUUCAUAGACGCGACAGUUACGUACAAAGAUUGCACAAACGUAUCUGACGAAAACGCUCUAAAGGGUCUACCGAUCCUCCUUACGGAUCUCGCCGCCACAUGGUGGCAAGGCGUUAAAUCUACGGUCGAUACAUAGGAUGCCGCGAUAGACUUAUUAAAGCUAACCUACGGACCUAAAAAGCCGGCAUAUCGAAUUUACAAAGAACUCUUCGCGCACGAGCAAGAAGAAAAUACAUCGACGGACAUAUUUAUAUGUAAAGCGCGUGCACUUCUCGCUAAACUUGCCUACGAUACACUAUUAACGGAAAGCGUCCAAUUAGAUAUGGUUUACGGAUUACUAUUAUAUAAAAUUCGAAAGGAAGUACCACGCGAAAAAGUUACGUCAUUCACGGAAUUAUUAGAGCUCGCAAGAGAAGUCGAAGUAAAUACGGCCGAGGAAAACAACAAAUCGUCUAAACAAUCAACAUCGUCCCAGUCAUCCAACAAACAAGAAACGCGCCCACGUUGCAAAUAUUGUAAAAACUUCGGUCAUACAAUAGACGAGUGUACAAAUCUUAAAAAGAAAAACGAGGAUAGCCUAACCACAACGAGCAAUAAAAAUAAAACAAAUUCCGGUGUAGACGACACGCAAAUAACUUGUUUCGGUUGCGGAAAUUCGGGAUACCUUCGAAAAGAUUGCCCAAAGUGCAAUAAAACGGACAAAAAUAAAAACACGACAAAGCCCGAUUUUUGUCUCAUAGACGCGUCCGAAAUACGCACGAAAUAUAAAAACCGACCAAUUCUAAACAUAGAAAUAUUAGGAGCGAGAGGUACAGGUUUAAUCGAUACCGCCGCAAAGAUGAGCGUCGCAGGAAAUAGCCUUUACAAAAUCCUCGUCCAAAAGAAACAAAAAUUCGAAAAAUCGAAUUUGCGCAUUGGAUUAGCGGACCGCACGAUAAGUACUGCAUUUCUCAUAAUACCGUAUGUAGAAAAUAAUUACACAUUACUCGGCAUGGAUUUUAUAGAAAAAGCAAAAAUAGUAAUAAAUAUACCUCAACUGGCAUUUUGCAGAUAACCUUGAAAAGCACGAACUAAAUUUCGAAGCUCCAGAUGAAACGGCCGACGUCUUGCAACUAAAUUUCGUCAACACAUUAAGAGACAACGAAGCUCAAACCUUAUCUACGGAUCAACGCAAAAUGAUAAACGAUACCUUAUUAAAUAACGAAGAUAUCUUCGCACUAGGGGGAGAGCAAACUUCACACGCCGAACAUGCCAUCGAUACAGGAAAUAAUGCACCGGUUGCAACACCACCAUAUAAAAUGCCACAACACAAAAAGGAAAUAUUAGAAAAAGAACUCAACGCCAUGCUAAAAGCCAACAUUAUAGAGGAAUGCGAAUCACCAUGGGCAGCACCAGUAGUACUCGUACCCAAAAAGGAUGGCACAGUAAGAGUCUGCAUCGACUAUCGCCGCUUAAACGCGAUCACGAAGACAGAUUCAUAUCCAAUGUCCAGGAUCGAUGAGUUACUGCACCUUGCGAAAAGAACACUGUAUAUGUCUAUUAUCGACCUUCGCUCAGGUUAUUGGCAAGUAAGUAUCAAACCGUCAGAUCGAAACAAAACCGCAUUUACAACACCAUUCGGAACCUUUCGAUUUAGACGCAUGCCUUUUGGUCUUAAAAAUGUCGGAGCAACUUUUUAAAGGUUGAUGGACCAUUUUCGUAGAGGUUUAAAAGAUACCACAACACUAGUAUAUCUAGACGAUAUAAUCGUCCUAUCAAUUAAUUUUAAAGAAUAUUUGCAAGACUUACAAAAAGUCUUCAAUUGUUUGCGCGAAUUCAAAUUACGGCCUAAAAGAGAAAAAUGUAACUUUGCCUGUUCACAAAUUAAAUUUCUAGGUCAUUUAACAACUGAAGGAAUUCGCCCAGAUGACAAUAAGGUGGCAGCUAUCCUGAACCUACCUCCCCCAAGAAAUUUAAAACAUCUACUAACGUUCUUACAGACUGCCUCAUGGUUUCGUAGAUUUAUUCUUAACUUUGCAGAAAUUGCCAAACCUUUGACAUCACUCACCAAGAAGGACGCUACGUGGACUUGAAAGAAAAACCAGGAAGACUCUUUCAACAAAUUGAAAGAAGCACUCACAAAUGCCCCUGUACUCAGGCAGGCAGAUGAUCGCAUACCCUUCAUAAUAAGAACAGACGCCAGCAAUUAUGCAAUAGGAGCCAUACCCAAGGAGAGGGAGCCGACGAAAGACCAGUAGAAUUCGCAAAUCGUUUGUUAAUCGCAGCAACUAUAGCACGACAGAACGCGAAGCGCUCGCAAUCGUCUGGGCCGUUUCAAAAUUUAGAGGAAGCAUCGACGGCGCUCAAAUCACUAUAGGCACAGAUCAUCAACCCCUAAAAUGGCUUAUGAGUCUGAAAUCUCCGUCAGGACGAUUAGCCCGAUGGGCAUUAAGCCUACAAGAAUAUGAUCUCAACAUUACAUAUUCCUCAGGAAAAAUGAAUGUCGUCGCCGAUGCGCUCUCAAGGCCUCCAUGCACAUAAAACAAUGAAGCCGACUGCAGAGUAUGCACAAUCACCAUCAAUCUCCCUUCAGACGGUGCUGCAAAAUUAAGAGAGGAACAAUUAUCCGAUCCAGAAACCAAAAAGAUCAUCGACGUAUUUGAAAUAAAAGAUGACCUUAACCUUGCAAACUGGAUCUCCCGCGGUUACUUAAUGUCGAACAGCGUAUUGUAUUGGUACACUCCAACCAAAAACACUGAAGAGGCCCAAUGGGUCGUAUCAGAAUGCGCUAUUAAACGCAUAUUAUAUGAAAAUAAUAUGCGACGCACCUACGGCCGGUCAUUAUGGAGUUGACAGAACCCUAAAACGCAUUGCAAGCAAAUACUGUUGGACAGGAAUGCGCAAAACAAUUAACGAACACGUCAAGAAGUGUUUAGAGUGCGAAAGAUACAAACCAUCAAAUUUAAAACCCGCCGGAUUACUGAGAACUCCGGCCGCUAGAAGAUCGAAACUCGAAGAUUCGAGGUACUAGCCAUGGAUCUAUUUGGACCUUUACCAAUUACUUCAGAGGACUACCAAUGGAUAUUCAUCGUCGAAGACGUCGCCACAAAAUGGGUCGAAUUAUUUCCAUUGAAGCGUGCAACCGCAGAUGCGUGCGUAAAAACAUUAAUUGACGAAGUCAUGCUCAGAUUCAGCAUACCACGCCGUAUAAUCUCCGACAAUGGACCACAGUUCAUCGGAGCAGUUAUGCAACAAGUAUCCUACUGCUUGGGAUUUAGUCAAUCACUAACUCCAAUUUAUCACCCAGAAGCAAAUCCAGUGGAACGCAAAAACAGAGACAUGAAAAUUCAACUCUCCAUCCUCGUAGGUAACGAACACACAAAAUGGGCAAAUAAGUUACCAUCCAUCAGAUACGCCAUGAAUUCUAGUGUAUCACAAUCGACGGGAAAUACCCCAGCUUACCUAAUGUUUGCACGAGAAAUGCGAAACCCAGGGGACAUCCAGCAAGAUUUACGCGAAAUUGUCAUCGGAGAAAACUUUGUAUCAGAAAUAACGCCAUAUCUAUUAAAAAUCGCCGAUACUAUGAAAGAAGUAACCGAGACACGUGAAAAAGAAUAAGAUCAACACAAAAGAUAUGCAGAUAAAGCACGAAGACCAGCUACGACUUUUCAAGAAGGAGACCAGGUCAUGGUUAAGACACGAACAUUAAGCAACGCAGCCCAAGGAGUCACAGCCAAAUUCAUUCCGAAAAGAGAUGGACCUUACAAAAUUGCCAAAUGCAUUUCACCUACCACUUAUCAAUUAGCUAAUAAUAUUACAGGUGACCUACUAGCGACCUACCAUGUUUCCGACUUAGAAGCUUGGAAAAGGGACCGAACAGAAAACCUAAUCAACCCAGUUCGAACCAUACGAAAACGCGGCCGUCCUAAGAAAACUCCAAAUCCUUCACCACACAAGUUGGAUCUUCGGCGAGGACCCCUGACAGAUCCAAAGGGGGAGUCUAUAACGCGAAAGCACCCGUAACACGGUCAAAGACCGCGGCACUUAGAUGGCACUCUACCUCUGGGAACUCUAACCCAGGCGGCGCUGACGCGAGCGAGGAAGCAGCGCGAGAAGACCUCGCCUAACUUAACACUACCAGUGUGUGAACCACCAAAGAACAUUCCGUCUUUCAUUUUGUACACGCUCUCAGUAUUUGCCUAAAUACAUUUUGCUCAAUUUAAAGUCAGUGGUUAAACAUUGUUGUCCUCUUCGAUCUCAAUAAUAGUAACCUCGAUAGAACUCACCUCACUGGACUGGCGUUGCGUCGGCUACUCGACAGCAAUCGGCCACGUCACAUUGAAAAUUAAAAUAAUUUUUUAGUUGAAGUAACGAGUAACAAGUCAAAGUAACGCGUUAUUUUUACGUUAUUUUGACUCUUUACUUCACCCAAAAGUUAUUUCUUUCAUAACAUUCUAUAACUAACUACUAAUGGUAACGAAUUACUUCAAGUAACUAUUUCAUCCUAGCCUUAUCAUUACCAUUUUUAAGAAAAAACGUCAUUACCAAAUCGUUAUUAUAAAAAGAAAUAUUGAACAGUAACGCUAAAGUAACGACUUGCCAUCCCUGAUAUUUAAUAUAUCAAAAAUAAGCUGUAAUAUGUAUUUAUUAUUUAUAAAGGUAUUCAACUAUCAUCUCAGUCGAGCGCGAAGAAUGAUAGAAAGUGUAUUCGGCAUUUUGGUAGCGAAAUGGCGAAUUUAUUGUCGACCAAUAAUCGCAUCUGUUUCCACCACAGUUAAAAUUAUUCAAGCAACCGUAUGCUUGCACAAUUUCAUAAUUCAAAAUGAACAGAAAUUUCCAUUCUUCAAAAGGCGUUAUACAUGUAUAACUGAAAAAGGAGGCGUAAUAAAUAGUGUAUUGUAAGAAAUAGAUAAUGCUGGUAGAAUAAAUGUUAACGCUUGACUUGUUUCUAAAAUCCGAAAUGAUUUUGCUUCAUACUUCGAAAAUACUGGGGCAGUACCUUGGCAGUGGGAAAAAGUUUUACUUAACGAUUUUUAAUUGAAAAAACUUCAGAUUUCAGGAGUUACAAAAAAAUGCCAUGAUCGCCACAGGAUACCACGAUUGCACAACAGAAAAA